UUGAACGUUUCUGAAAGGAACCGACAGCGACCGGCUCAAUCAUCGGAUCAGGAUGUUUGUUCUCAUCUGGACGGCUCUGCUCUUCUGUGUGAGAGACGUCACUGCUGACACAGGAGAAUCAGUGAAGGGAUUACAAACAUGUGGCAAAGGAUUCUGUAUCACUCUCAGUGAAGGAGAAAUCACAGCAGAGGCUGGACUCUGUGUUGUGAUACCGUGUUCUUUCACUACUGGUCAUGGAUUUACACCCCAAUAUAUGGUGUGGUUCAAAUGUGAACCAUUUAAAACCAAAUGUGGAGACAUUAUAUUCCACACUAACAAGAAUAACAAAAAAGUUCAGUCUGAGUUCUUAGGACGAGUUUCACUGUUGGAGCCUGACGUGAUGAAGAGGAACUGCAGCAUCAUCAUCAAUAAUCUCACUGAGUCCGACUCUGGAUUUUAUCAACUCAGAGUUAAUGGUGCCACGAAAGAUAAAAAAGACGGAUUUACAUUCUCUACAAGAGCAACUGUCUCUGUUAAAGCUCUUACCCAGAAGCCCUCAGUGCUGAUUCCUCCUCUGACUGAGGGGCGGAAGGCCACACUGACCUGCACUGCUCCUGGUCUCUGCUCUGGUUCUGAUCCAGAAAUCACCUGGAGGUGGAGAGGAGCAGGAGAGAAGGACUCUCACAUCACAGGAAACAUCACUGGUGUCACACAGAGACGCAGUUCAACGUUGACCUUUAACCCUUCAGCUGAACACCACGGCACCAAUGUCACCUGUAAGGUCAGCUUCACAAGCAGCAUCACUACAGAGGAGACAGAGACUCUGAAUGUGGCCUAUGUGAAGGACCUUAGAACAACUGGGAAUACAAGCGUGGAGGAGGGCGAGACUCUGAAUCUGACCUGCAGUGUUGAAAGUUUCCCUCCAGCUCUCAUCACGUGGACAAUGUCUUCUGAGACAAACGGGCACAAUGAGACGGAGAGGACUCUGCAGAACGACACUGAGUCCUUCAUGCAGACAGGAAGUGGAACGAACACUUUGUCCAUCUCUAAUGUGACGGCAGACGCUUCUGGGAAAUACAUGUGCAGAGCAAAAUAUCUGAAUAUAACCCUGGUGAAGAGUGUUGAUGUAAAAGUCAUAUGGUUUUCAAACAUCUCAAAAAGCUCCGGGUGUGAGGUCCAGUCGGGGGUCCUGACCUGUGUGUGCGUCAGCGAGGGGUUUCCUCUUCCCACCAUCACAUGGCCGCUGUUGGAGUCUCACGCUGAGCACUCUGUCACUACCAGUAAGUCAGGCCGCACCGUCGUCAGCGUCACUGUUUCUGUGAAGGAUCGCAACGACACUACUGUUGAGUGUGUCAGCAGCAAUGCACUCUGGGAAGCAAAAGAAAACCUCACGGUCAGCAGAAUAAAGGAGUCGAAACUAGACGAUCUGCUCUACACAUAUUUAAUAACCUUCGUACAGCCUCAAGUCAUCGUUGCCUUUCUGAUUGGGACAUUCCUUUCAGCUGCCACCUGCUGUUUGGCCCUAAAAUGCUGCAGAAGUAAACAGAAGAACUCUGGUGAUACGGCUGAGGCUCUGGAGAUGGUGAAGACUCGAAGGCUUGCUCUGAUCGAUGCCGGUCAAGGAGUGGAAGGCGACCAAGAGAAGUCUGAAGAAGGAGCUCAGGCUGCCGGCGGUGACGUGGAGCCAAGAGAGGCGGAGUACUCCGACGUCAAGUUUUCCUUGCUGAAAAGGAAGAGUCCCACAGGGGAAGAGGUCAUACAAGAGACCACAGACUCAGAGUACGCCGAGAUUAAGAAAGAGAACAGGGCGGAGGGCAGGAAAGAGGAGGAAGAGAAGGAGGCAAAACGGUGUAUGCCGAAGGAGAAGGAGGAGGGAGGGCAGGAUGUGGCAGUGUACUCCAAUGUGAAUGAAAUAAUGGCUGAGGAAGAAGGACUGUGUAGCUUGAUCAGCCCGACUCGGCUGCUGUCAGAGCCGCAGAGGAACCAGCAGCUGACGACUGAGAAAACAAACACGUCAACCACAGGGCUGCUCCGCCUCCAUCCGCCGUCUCUUCUCACAGAAAUGGCCGAUGUCUUCAGAAGCCUGAACCUCCUUGAGACCCUCAAAGAGUCCGUAGAGCGCAACAAGUUAUCAGAUGUCAAGGAUGCAGUGGAAGAUCUCCUGAUCAGCCGGCUCAACUUGGCUGUGAUCGGGGAGCGCGGCGAUGAAAAGGACACCUUCAUCAACUCCCUGCGUGGCCUCGGCUCCGUCGCCCUGGAGGACGUGGCCGGCUACCCGAACCCGAGACACCCGGACUUCCGCCUGUGGGAUCUGCCGCCUGCCCCGUCCACGUCUCCAUUUGAACCCAAGGGAUACAUGGAGCGGGUUCGGUUCGCCCGCUACAAUGCCGUCUUCAUGACCUUCAGCCAGGCGCCCCAAGCCAACGCCGUGGAGGUGUUCCUCGAGGCCCGGUACUUCCUCCUCUUGGCUUCGGCGAUGGGCAACGAAACACACCUGGAGGGGACGAGGAAAGCCAGUUUAGAAGCGCUGGCGUCACAGGGCGUGGCACGGCCGAAAGUCUACCUGGUGCGGCCCGCCGCCUUGGAGAAGUUGGACUUCCCCGGCCUGUUGGAGGACAUGGGACGAGACCUUCCGGAGAUCCGAGCCCACGCACUUCUCCUGGCUCUCCCGACGCUCACCUCCACCGUGGUCACUCAGAAGAAGGAGGCGUUCAAAGCCCUGGUGUGGGCGGCGGCCUCGCUAUCCGGCGGGGUGUCGGCUAUCCCCGUUCCCUUCGUGGCCUCCAUGGUGGACUGCAGCGUCGCGCUGAGGAUUCUCGGCAAAGCCCAGUUAGGUCCGUGUACGUAAUGUUAGUUUGUUUUUUCGUUUCAUUCCAAAUACGGAAUACGGAAAUCACGUGGUUUUUUCGUUUUCCGUUUGAAAACCAAAAACGGAAAAACGGAAUACCACCUCCUUAAAAUGAAAGUCAAAAUAAAAGCCAGUGAUACAUAUUCGUAUUACAGUAACCUUAGAAGAAUAUUAAUUAAUCAAUAUAAAGAAUAAAUAAUUAAACGGGGAUAUUUUAACGAUGCAAACACAUAGCAGGGUAACGUGAGAAGAAUAUUAAUUAGUCAAUAUAAAGAAUAAAGAAUUAAACCUGGAUAUGUUAGCAACAGUGGUGACGACGGGAAGUUUACUAUUCAUGUACACAGCAAGAAUCACCUUCUCACUUAAUCGUUGCAUUGUUUGAUGCAACACAGUUCCUAAUAUAGAUUAAUCAAAGUAAUGUUUCUGUGCAGAGUUGUUGCUGUUAUUAUAUGUAUAUUUCCACAUCGGGACGAAAAAAAGUCACACUGUCUAUCUAUCCAUCCAUCUAUCUAUCUAUAUCUAUCUAUAUCUAUCUACCUAUCUAUCUGUCUAUCUAUCCAUCCAUAUCUAUCUAUCUAUAUCUAUCUAUAUCUAUCUGUCUAUCUAUCCAUCCAUCCCUCCAUCUAGUGUAUAUAUCUAUCAAUCUAUCCAUCCAUAUAUCCAUCCAUCCAUCUAUUCGUUCAUCCAUCUAGUGUUUUUUAUCCAUCCAUCCAUCUAUCCAUCCAUCCAUCCAUUUGAUCUCUUUUCUUCCCAAGUGCUGUUUUUUCUGUGGCUUUUUUACCAUUUGAUCUGCCACCUGAGCUUUUAUUUUGUAAAGCUUCAUUUGAUCUGCCUUGUGAGCUUUUAUUUUGUAAAGCUUCAUUUUAUCUGCCUCGUGAGCUUUUAUUUUGUAAAGCUUCAGUGCAUUCUGUUUGGAGGUUGACUGUUUGUUGUUUCGUCGCUUGGUUGUGGGAAAGGGGAAGUAGAUUCUGCACAAUGUCUCUUAUCUUACACAAGAGGAACCGGAAAUGUACAUUUCGUCGCAGCCCUAUGUGCCAAAGAGCAAAAUGUCAAAGACAACAACAACAACAACAACAAUGUGUUCCGGUAUUUUUAUUCAACGUAAUAAGAGGAAAGCUUCUGGAUAUAAAGCACAUAUUCUACUGUC